AGGGGGUACACUGCGGUGUCCCCUGGCUGUCCUGCUCAACCUAAAACCGUUUCUAAACAAAAGCUGUUUAACGCUGAACAGGUGGGGAUAAAGAGGAUCACCGGGCGACAACAUACCAACUCACGUACUAUGUGAGCCGCCGUCGGGCAUCUUUGUCCACUACUAACGGCUAACUAGCGUGUGUAGGAGAGUAGCAACAGCAGCCGUCAGCAGCAGAGCGUCCUGUCCGCGGCUUGUUAUCACAGAGCUGUAUUCCUUCCAGUUCUUUCAUCAUGGCACUGGCUGGAGUGAGAGUUAUUGAGCUGGCAGGCCUGGCUCCAGCACCGUUCUGUGGCAUGAUCCUGGCUGACUUUGGAGCCAGGGUGAUCCGUGUGGACCGGACCAAGGCCGCCAUGUCUUUGGACACACAAGCACGGGGCAAACAAUCUGUGGCCAUCAACCUGAAGACAUCAGAGGGUGUAGCCCUGCUCAGGAAGCUCUGUGUCCAGUCUGAUGUGGUCCUUGAGCCCUACCGAAAAGGUGUGAUGGAGAGGCUGGGCCUCGGUCCACAAGACCUGUUAAAGGAAAACCCUCGUCUGAUCUACGCUCGCUUGACUGGGUAUGGACAAAGUGGAUCUUAUGCCACCACAGCUGGACAUGACAUCAACUUCCUUGCCAUGUCAGGCCUUUUGUCCUGGAUGGGUCGCAGUGAAGAGAAGCCCUACUCUCCGCUGAAUCUGGUUGCAGACUUUGCAGGAGGUGGUCUCACCUGCGCCCUGGGGAUAGUCCUCGCGCUGCUGGAGAGGACAAGGUCAGGGAAAGGACAGAUCAUUGAUGCUUGCAUGGUAGAAGGAGCAGCAUAUGUAGGUUCAUUUGUAUGGAAAUCUCGUAGCAUUGGUAUGUGGGACCGUUCAAGAGGACAAAACCUGUUGGACAGUGGAGCGCCCUUCUACGACACCUACCAGACUUCAGACGGAAAGUACAUGGCUGUCGGUGCCAUAGAACCGCAGUUCUACAGACAGCUGCUGAAGGGCUUAGAGUUGGAUGCUGCAGAUUUGCCUCCUCAGAUGAGCUUCAGUGAUUGGCCGGAGCUGAGACGGAUCUUCACAGAGCGUUUUGCUUCAAAAACCCAGAAGGACUGGUCAGUGGUUUUCGAUGGGACUGAUGCCUGUGUUACACCUGUGUUGUCUUUCGAGGAGGUGAGCUCACACCCACAUAACCAGGAACGGGCUUCUUUCAUCAAGGACUCCACAGGGAAUGAAAGCCCCCGGCCGGCCCCGGUUCUCUCCCGGACUCCCGCAGAGCCUUGCCUCGCUGCAGACCCCGUAAUUGGGCAACACACAGUUGAGGUCCUAGAGGAGUACGGGUUCACAUCAGCAGAGAUCGACCAGAUGCGAGCAGCAGGGGUCGUAGAGUGUAGUGCUGCCAAAGCAAAGUUGUAGAAGAGCAUGAGUCAAAAGCUUGCCUGAAGCGUUAAGAUUUGGGGAAAACCACAUGGGAGAUGAGACGGACUUUAAUAAGACCAAUUAUGAGUUGUACUGUGAACAUAAUCAAUAUUACUGAUUGAUUUGGACAAUAAACAAAAUGAGAUACAGAGCACAUCUGAGGGAUUUGCACUAAGACCUGCAGUUACAUCAUGUCUAACACAACCAAGAAAGGAAAGUAAGGAAAGGAAAAACAGGUUUUCUUUUCAUGAGCGAGAAAUUCAAACUGAGAUGGUGAGAGAGCAUGAAGUACUUCCAUCUCACCCACGUGCAUUCAUUCUCUCAGGCCAGAGCAAGGUGAUAUACACAUGAGUCUCCUUGUCCCACACACUUACUUCUAGUGUAGUCGAGCCUUGACAGGACCAUGUGAAAGGCCAUCCUGGGCACUCUCCGAGCACAGGAUACAGUUUUGGGUUUGUCAGCUAGUCAUAGUCGUCAAUUUGAAGAACUGCCUCGUUUUUGGGAUUUUUUUUUUAAAAGGGGAAACAGUCUCAUGUGCCAACAGAAGUUUGUGUGCAAAGAUUGAUAAAUCAGCAGCACCAAAAAUGAGAAGUAAAUACAGAGUUUAUUGUUUUGCUCUCCCACCAGGGCCUCCAGGUUUUUGCACGCUGAUGCCUGAUGUCAACUGGAACUGACUGUGUUGUGUCGUAGUUUUAAUGUCUACUGGAAACAUAGAUAUACAUUUGCAGCUCAUGUAAUUGUAUAUUUAUGAUCGUUGCCUCUAAUUUUCUUUAUGCUCACUCAUUUUAAAUGUCAAUAUAAACGAUCUCACAGCA